AUGUUGUUAUUUAAAAAUGUGUUUUUUUUCCAAGCUGGCAUUGGAAUAUUAGCCAAUGUUUUCCUGCUCAUCUUUUAUACCUCCACAAUCCACCAGAUUCAUAGGACAAGGCCCACUGAUAUAAUCACCUGUCACCUGGCCUUUGUGCAUCUAAUGAUGCUGCUUGUUACACUGGAUAUUUUAUCUGCAGAUAUGUUCAAAUGGUUAGCUUUUUCCAAUGAACUGAAGUGUAAGCUUUUUUUCUACCUGAGCAGGGUGAUGAGGGGUCUCUCUAUUUCUACUACCUGUCUCCUGAGCAUCAUUCAGGUCAUCACCAUCAGUCCCAGCUCCUUCUAUUUGUCAAGAUUCAAACAGAAACUCACAAAUUAUAUCGUCAUUGCUGUCUUCUGUAUGUGGUGCCUCAACCUGUCUUCCAAUAGCAAUAUGAUCAUCUAUACGGUAGCUCAUUCCAACAGGACCAACCUAUUCAAUAUCAGUAAAUACUGUUCAUUUUCCUCAAUGAACUCUGUCAUCAGGAAAAUAUUUUUCAUGCUUGAAUUAUCCCAGAGUGUUUUCUUUGUAGGAAUCAUGCUAUUCUCCAGCAUGUACAUGGUGAUUUUCUUAUGUAGGCAUCAGAGGAAGUCUGAGUACCUUCAUAGCAUGAGCAUUCUCCCAAGAAUUUGCCCAGCAAAAAGGGCUACUUGUACUGUCUUAGUGCUGGUGAGUUUCUUUGUGAUUAUGUACUGUUUAGAUAUCAUCAUCUCAUCUUUAUCAACCAUUUUGUGGAAGUAUGAACCUAUGGUCCUGGAUAUCCAGAGGCUUGUGGGAAAUAUCUAUGCCACUGUCAGUCCUUUGGUACACAUUAGUUCUGAUAAAAGAAUGCUUGGUCUUCUGAAAUAA